AACACUAUACCCCAAAAAUAUGUUCGCACCUGUGCUACUAAGCUUGUUGGCUCUGGUUUCGGCUUCGGCUGACCAUGGCUACGGCCCGCCCCCUUGCUACCCGAAGACACAUUACGUCACAAAUUACCAAACCAAAGUACAUGAGGUCCCGUACUACGAUACGGUGUACAAGACCCAGUACGUGCCCAAGACGGAAUACCAGCCCGUCUACAAGACCAUCUACAGCACGAACUACCACACUCAGUACGUCCCCGAAUACCUCACCAAAACGCAGUACCAGACGCAGCUGAAAUACGUCACGAACUACAAGACACAGUACGUCACGCAGCACCACACGAAAUACGUCACCAACAUCGAAUACGUUCCCAAAUACGUCACCAAAACGGCCUACAACACCAUCUACAAGACUCAAGUUCAGUACCAGACCUUGUACAAGACGGAAUACGAACCUCACUACGUCACAAAGACCCAGUACCAGUACAAGACCCAUUACAAUACGCAGUACGUGCCUCAGUACCACACGGUCGUCCACACGGAAUACGGCUACAAGACGGUGUGUCCAAAACCCUAUGGCUAUGGUUAUUAAAUGGGAAAUGGGUUUUUGUUUUGUUUUACGUUUGACUGGAAAAUACUGUAAACUAAAUCUACUUUUUUGUCAUUUAGUUGAUAUUGUGAUAAUGAUGCUUCUUGCUUAAUCAGGGAUAUAUAUUUUUAAAAUUAGG